AUUACAAGUCAGAAUUCGUGUGACGUCAUCCUUUGAAUAUGGCGUCGUCCAUGAGCGCUGGCUCUAGGGCCGUUAUUGCUAUUUCUUGUAUAUUUCUGGUUUUAGGGCUUUCUCAUGGAAAAGGUACAUUGAAACACAUAGGAGAAGAUGAUUGGUCUCAACUCCUCGACGGUGAAUGGAUGGUGGAGUUUUAUGCACCAUGGUGUCCAGCAUGCAAGGCUCUUCAGCCCAUCUGGUCUGAGUUUGCCACCUGGAGUGAAGACUUGGAGAUCAAGGUCGGAGCUGUGGACAUCACUGAGUCGCCAGGCCUCAGUGGGCGCUUCAUGAUAACUGCUCUACCUACUAUCUUCCAUGUAAAGGAUGGCAUUUUCCGUCAGUACAAGGGCUCUCGUGACCGCGAGCAGUUCAUCAGCUUUGUGGAGGAGAAGAAGUGGCAGCAGCUGGAGACCGUGUCCAGCUGGAAGGCACCCGACUCUGUGCAGAUGUCCGUCCUGGCCCAGUUCUUCCGGCUCUCGAUGGUGUUGCGGAACGUGCACACCUCUCUGACGGAGGAGUACGGCGUGCCCGUCUGGGGCAGCUACCUGCUCUUCAUCCUGGCCACCGUCAUCAUCGGCGCCCUUCUCGGACUCCUGUUCGUCUGCUGCAUCGACGUGUGCUGCGCGCAAAAAUCGGGCGAGCUGCCGCCGGAGAUCACCAAAAAGGACGACGACGCCGCUAAGAAGCAGUCGGGAGAUGGCAAAGAUGACGAUGAAGAGAAGGAAGAAGCAGAAGAGGAGGAAGAGGAGGAGGAGUCGGCUCCCAAGGAGAAGAGCAGCCCCGAGGCCCGGAAGCGACGCACGCGGAAGGCGGACUGAGUUGGUGUGUGGUGAAUGCAGGUGUUCAUGGGCAGCCGCGGGCCUCGCGCCGCCAGCGAGAAACUCACUACCAAUGGUGGCCGGCCGGACGGCCGUCGGCGCCGGAUUGUUGGGCUACGUAUAAUGUGUAUGUUUGGUUGUUAUCGUCACACUAAUGGGUAGGCGGUCUGUCCUGCAGGCAGACUCCCCCGCGGUCACGUCUCACGUCACCAGUCACCACAACGGUGAUUACUCCUAUCUCUACUCUCCCUCUUCCAGUUUCUUCACCGCUGUCCAGUUUCCGUUGGCCGAUUAUAGAGCGCUGCAUUCCGAGCUCGGUAGUGAUACCAGAGGCUUAUGACUGUGAUACCGCCGUGGUAGCCGCCGCUGGCGAGCUGGCCCGUCCCGCCGCGGUGCGCAGUGCGGGACGGACGUGGCCUCUGGGUCGUCCUCAGCGUGCUCGUAAUCGGACCGACCGCUGGCUGGCAGCUGUGCACUGCCCUGUGGUUCGCCCCGCGCCUCAUCUCGGCUGUGGCGGCGCUGGGGUUCUGAUUGUGGCCGUAGCGGGGGUGGUCAGACAUAUGUCACUGAGACAGUCAAGACAGUCGGCUGUCUUUCGAGACUGGCCGGAAGAGUGCAGAUUUACGCGUCGGUACCGUCCCGUGUGGGGUGCGCCUGGGGUGCAGGAUACAUAAAUGAAGACUGACGGGCUGCGCUCAGGCCGGUGCGGUGCGCACGCUUUUCUAACACCUCUGUGUAAUGCGCUGACGCUGGUAGGUGCGGUAGGGCCUGUUGUAUUGUCGCUCCCUUGGUCUGUUACAUUGCAAUUCCCUUACUGAAAUACACAGUCUUUUGUA